GGGGAGGGAGGGUGAGGCAGAGGCAGCCGCACUCGGGGCCUAAUCUGCACAUCUUUUCAUGGGAAGACGCUGAGCCGAUAACAACAGCCGUUUUUGGGUUCCCCAACCAGCUCAGGCCCGGGCCUCAGUCCGCGGUCUAGAGUUUGAUAGCCGGGCGGUGUGAGGUUGAAGCACGUCGGUGUGUUGCUGCCAGCCAGCUCCGGUGUCCACCAUGGGAGACAGCAGUGAUUCCCACAGUCCAGACAGUUCAUCGGUAUCCUCCCCUCCAUCGGGACAACGCUCUCCUCCACUGGUUCCCUCAGCUGCAGCUUCUAUGACCUCGCUGGCUCCUGUAACCACUGCCGGUGUUAACAGCCCCAUCAGUAGCAUCGGUUCCCCUUUCUCUGUCAUCAGCUCAUCUCUGGGCUCUCCCUGCCUCCCUGGCACACCAUCGGUGGGCUAUGGCCCCAUUAGUAGCCCGCAGAUCAACUCAACAGUGUCCAUGUCAGGGCUCCAUGCUGUGAGCAGCUCUGAUGAUGUGAAGCCACCGUUGGGCUUGAAGCAGUUGUCAGCCCACAGCCCAGGACCAAUGCUGUCCCAGAAGCGCCUCUGCUCCAUCUGUGGGGACAGAUCUUCUGGUAAGCACUAUGGUGUUUACAGCUGCGAGGGCUGUAAAGGUUUCUUUAAGCGGACAGUGCGCAAAGACCUGACGUACACCUGUCGGGACAAUAAGGACUGUAUGGUGGACAAAAGACAAAGGAACCGCUGUCAGUACUGCCGCUACCAGAAGUGCCUGGCCAUGGGCAUGAAGAGAGAAGCUGUCCAGGAGGAGCGGCAGAGGAACAAGGACCGGGAAGGGGAGGUAGAGUCAACUAGCGCAGUGAAUGAGGAGAUGCCAGUGGAAAAGAUUUUGGAGGCGGAGAUGGCUGUAGAGCAGAAAACAGAACUUCAUGCAGAUGGAAGUUCAGGUGGCAGCUCUCCCAACGACCCUGUCACAAACAUCUGCCAGGCAGCAGACAAGCAGCUCUUCACUCUGGUGGAGUGGGCCAAGAGGAUCCCUCACUUCUCUGAGCUGCCCCUAGAUGACCAGGUCAUCCUCCUACGUGCUGGCUGGAACGAACUCCUGAUUGCAUCAUUCUCACAUCGCUCCAUUUCGGUGAAGGAUGGAAUCCUACUGGCCACUGGCCUCCACGUCCAUAGGAACAGCGCUCACAGUGCAGGUGUUGGAGCCAUUUUUGACAGGGUUUUGACAGAGUUAGUGAGCAAAAUGAGAGACAUGCAAAUGGACAAAACGGAGCUGGGUUGUCUUCGAGCCAUCAUCCUCUUCAACCCAGAUGCUAAGGGUUUGUCCAACUCCAGCGAAGUGGAGCUGCUGAGGGAGAGAGUUUAUGCAUCCCUGGAAGCAUACUGCAAACAGAAAUACCCGGACCAACAGGGCAGGUUUGCAAAGCUCCUUCUCCGGCUCCCAGCACUGCGCUCCAUCGGCCUAAAGUGCCUGGAGCAUCUGUUCUUCUUCAAACUGAUAGGGGACACGCCCAUCGACACUUUCCUGAUGGAGAUGCUGGAGGCUCCUCACCAGCUCACCUAAAUCCUGCCAGCUUGGCUCUGGUCAGGAUCCGAUGCACAGCAGGAUUACCGGGAUGCCUCCUGGUGUCGGUCGUUGGCUCUUGUUGAGCCUCACUUAACUGCAGCACCUGCU